AUGGCUACGCUACCUGUGCCCUGCCCUGUGCGUUUCGGCGUAGUGAAGAGUGGAGGCCUACAAGCUCAGCUUCACAGGUACACUCUGGACAGGAACUUGCACAAAUUGGAGAAGUUGCUUAAAAAAGGUGUGGAUGUGGAUUGUGUCAAUCACCUGGGCCAGACGCCGCUCUACUGCGCAGCAUUGCUUGGUUUGACCAGCGUCACUGAGCUUCUACUGCAGUAUGGAGCAGACCCCAACCAUCGUUGUGAAGACAGGAGCACCCCGGUCCACUCUGCUGUGUUCUCCUGUAACCCCUGGCUGGUGAGUGGACUUCUGGACGCAGGAGGCGAUCUGAGGCUGCACGACUGCAAGGGCCGAAGCCCCCGAGACUGGGCUGAGGCUGGGGCCCAGGAGAACAGUGCAAGGAUGCUGGAGUUCCUGAAGAGCUGUGUGUCCCACAUGCACACCUUGUCCCAGAUCCCCCAGCCGAGGUUGCUGCGCCGCACCCCCUCCUCCACCUCCACGUCCUCCAAGAACCUGGUUCGGUCUCCCUCUCUUCUGGAGGUUCUCAAGUCUGGGGGGUCAGAUUUGUACCUCAACAGAAAGAUGAACUCCAAGUCCUCUCCCUGUGACUCAGUCCAGUGUUUUGGCUUUGGAAAGUUGUGCAUAGAGAAACCGGGGCAGACGCUGGGGCUCCUGGCCUCCCUCCCAGUGCUGGGGGACAGUGAGCUGGGACAGGCCGAGGACGAGGCUCUGCUCUCCUUCUCCUGUGGCCCCUUCAUCACCAUGACCAAUUACAGCUGGAAGGGCUGCAGGGUGACCGUCAAGGAUCUGCAGUUCAUCUCCUCGCCACAGGGGGGCAGCCACAAAGAGUACUUGGACCUGCUGCUUGUAGAGCAGGAGUAUUGCAGCCAGCUGUUCCACCCCCACCUGCUGCAGCUGAUGGCGGUGAGCAUGUCGGCUGAUUACCUGAGGGUCCGCCUGGUGUUUGAGAGGGUCCACGUGGGCUCGCUGCACAACCUGCUGCACCAGAAGCGGUGUGAGUUCCCAGUGCUUCGUGCGGAGGCCCUGCUGUCCGUGGUGCUGCAGGUGUGCGAGGCUCUGCUCUUCCUGCACGGACGAGGCCUGGUGAUGAGAGGCCUGUCCUCUCACAGCGUCAUCCUCACGCAGCCCGGCCUGGCCAAGCUCACCGGCCUCGGCUUCAUGGUCGCCAGUGAGGGCAGCUGCCCCAGCCCCCCGGCCCCCCUGGCCCCCCUGCCCCUGGCCCCCAGCAUGUACAACUGGGCCCCCCCGGAGGUGGUCAGAUGCAGACCCUGCACCGGCAAAGCUGACCUCUACAGCCUGUGUGCCAUCAUCCAGGAACUUUACACAGAUGCAGUUCCCUGGGGUCCGGUGGACCCUCGUCAGAUACGGCAGGCGCUGGAGUGUGGCCAAGCUCUGGCUGCAGACCCCAGAGUCCCCCAGCCUUACAGCAGCCUGGUCAGGGUGGGCCUCCAGCCCCGGCCCCAGGACCGCACACACAGCCUGCAGGACCUGCGCUACACACUGCGCUGUGACAUCAAGGAGCUGGUCCAGAACACUAAAAGAAGAAGUGGUGUGUACCCAAAACCAGGGCUCAGAGCUGCUGGCUGGAGUCCAGAGUCUUCAGCUGUUGAGGAACAAGUUGGCACUGGUGUGCUGCGGCCCACCACACAUCCCGACCCUGAAGAGGCCGAGCGUGCCAGUUUAUUGGACACCACAGUGGGCCGCGAGAUCCACGUCCAGCUCAGCCAGCUGGACCGACUGCUGGACGGCGAGACGGAGGACGGGGCGGAGGGCGAGAGGCCGGGGAAGGAGGAGGAAGACGGGACGAGCGCCGAAUCCGAGUCCCUCAUAGGCCGAGAGAUCUCCUACAGGGACAUCCUGCCCCUGGACGACUGGCGCCUGGGCCCCGGCGCCGCCUCGUCCGACCCCGAGAGCACCGAGGACGAGUCCGACUCCAGCACCGUCGAAGAAGACGGAGACAGCCAGGAGGAAGGUGCGACGGAGAGGGCCGUCCGGCCCCGACAUCGCCCGAGCCGAAACGUCUCCGAGGACAUCAGCGCCAUCGUGCUCAACCUCAAGGUGUCCCAGGUGCUCCUGCAGCAGUCGGAGAGCAGCCUGGACGCCGUGGGGCGCGCCCGCCCGCUCCGGGACGCGGCGGGGGCGGACGAAGUGGACGGGGAAGACGGAUCCGGAAAGGCCUCCGCCAUUCCCCCGAGCCACUCCCACCCCUCCACCGCCACCUCCACCCUCUCCUCCUCCACGCUCUCGGGCUCGCCGUGCAGCACGGCGUCGCGGGCGGUGGGCCCGCCGGCGCAGUACCGCCUCCUCCCCCGCGGCCUCCACCCGUCCGCCAAGCGCCUAGAGGCCCGCCUCCUGGAGGCCGGGGGGCUGGGCCGGCCGCUCCUCAGCCAGGAGGAGCUGGCCGUGUGGCAGAGGGAGUACCCCGCCGAGGCGGAGCGCCCCGCUCUGGGGCUCCCUCCCCUGGACUGCCCUUCGUACGAGGACGCCACCCAGGAGCUCCCCUCCGAGGAGCCAAGCCAGUACAGCUCUGCCCAGGAGGAGAGCUUCGUCAACACGCGGCCCCGGAACAAGCAGCAGGCAGCUGGAGGUAGACGCCCCGCGGAGACAGACGUGCUGCACCACCCAGUGGACGGAAAGCAACCCAAGAAAAGGCCCUGCUUGUCCUCUGAUGGUACCAACUCUCUGGAAGAGGACAGUCCAACUCCACAGCCCAAACCCACUCAGCCAUUAGCCAAGGCUAGAUGGACCAGCGAGGUGUCCGACCUGGUGGCCAGGAUGACGCGCGGGCACCUGGGCGCAGCGCCGGGCCCUCCGCUGGGCAGCAGCGACAGCGAGGACGUGGAGGAGAGACGGGAUCGGGGGUCGGCGUGGGCGCCCGGACCCUCCAGGGCCAGGCGGCAGCCCUCUUGGAGUCGUGACGCGUGCAGACCCUCCACGUCUUCCUCCCCCGCUGGACCUCGACCUCCGAGAGCGACCGAGGAGGAGGGGCAGAGCUGCAGCGAGCUGGAGAAGAUCUUCAAGAGCUUUGCGGGCGUCCAGAGUGAGAGCGAGGAGGAUGCCGACUUCCAUUCGGUCGACCGCACCUUCAACAUGACCUGUGGAGUGUGGGAGGAUACUGGACCAGGAGAGGAGGACGGGACCUCCGAGUCCGACCUGACCCAGUCACCUGUGGAGCCUUCCAGCAUAUUCUACACCCCUGACCUUCAGCAGAGGAACAAGCCACCCCAAAGCAGCCAGACCUCCAGCUCGGAGGAGGACCUGGAUGUGACCGUGGAGGUCUGCAGGCCCGCCGCCAGUCAGAGCGGCCCAGGGGAACAAACCCAGGAACCCAAGAAGCACAGGGAAACGACACUGGAUUCCGAGAUCGGCACGACCCCCCCUAUCAACGAGCAUGUCCCAUAUGCUCUGGCCAGUGGCUUCCCUAACCUGUCUGAGUUGGCGGAGCUCUCCAGCAUCACAUGCUCCCCUAGCCAGCUCCAGGACUGGGCGGACCAGGAGAAACAGCCCCCCAGCCCCCUAAACCGACGCCCCCCACCCUGCAACAGCACCCCUCGCAGCCCAGCACCAGCGGGCCACUGCAGGGGCCUGGGGAGCAGGGAGGGACCCGUGCCUCCUUUACCCAGCCUGCUGGACACCUCCCCCUGGGGCAGCAGCCACUCCCUGCCCCCCCACACCCAGGGCUACACCACAGACAGCUACGCUACGGCCACCGGCAGCAUGGGAGACAGCACCACGACGGCGUUGUCCCUGUCCAGCGUGCUGCAGUCCCCCCUCCUGCACGGCUCCUCCCCCGAGGACACGGACACGCCCACGGGGCCCCCGGACUUCACCACGGCCAGCUCAGGAGAGAGGCAGACUACCAGCCAGGAGGGGAUGUUCUCCUCUUACACCCUGCCCACCCCCACUGAGGGAGAGGGGGGGAAGGGAGAGGAGGGGAUGGAGAUGGUGGAAGAAGAGGACGACCCUCGGGACGAAGAGGUCCGUAGCGGGGAUCUUCACCGGAGGCGGGGAGGACCCAGAGGUGGCGCAGCCCAAGAGAUGUCAGAGGGGAUCGGGGAGGAGGAGGGAGAGGAGCAGGGUAGCGGUGGAGAUGCUACCUCCAUGGAGGAGGAGCCUGGAGGUACUGGACUGGCAGACCCUGAUGAAGAGCUCGAACGUGAGGAGGAAGAAGAGAAGGGCGAAGAGGAGUCGCUCGAGGAGGAAGACGUGUCCGAGGAUGAGAAUGCCACGUUUGAGGAGGACGAGCGGAGGCUAUUGGAAGAGGAGGCUUGCGAUAGGCCAAUAGGCGUGGCCGACACGGCAGCACGUGCCCAGCAGAGUCAGGCCAGGGGACCACCUGCAGGCCCCGAGUCCCUGGAGGAGACCGACAGAGCCCACUCCACUCUAGAUGAGGUGCUCCAGUGCAUGCUCGUGGACAGAGCUGGUGGGCAGAGGGUCAGGAGCCCAGGACCCGCGCAGCAUCUUCAACCCCCGGUGAGCCCGUGGGAGCCCCAGGUGGAGGGGGAGGUGGGGGAGGAUGUCGUCAACCCAGGAGGAGACUGUGUCGAGACCGCCGAGGGGAAACGGGAUGAGGUCGCAGACACCGCCCCAGUCCCUGUAGCAGGAAUGCAGGAGAUGGCUAGUCUUGGGACUUGGAGCCAGCCUCACAGGGUGAUUGUUCUGGAGCAGACUCCAGUCAAAAGCCAAAGUGUGCCCAACCAAGUAAUGAGAGAGUGAAGGAACAUGAUGGGUAGUUAAUGUGACAGUAAUACAUGUUAUGUAAUUUUACAAUUUAUGCAUUUUAUAUUGAUUGUUAAUGAAAAUGGGUAAUGGAAUAUAUGAAGUUUAAUAUAUUAUAAGUUCAAUGUGAAUGUUUGUUCUGCCAUCAUUUUCUUUCUACUUUAAGAUUCUAAGGCAUUUAGGCCAGCUCAGCACUUCUAGUAAAACAUCAAAUCAAAUGUCUUGUUACCCUCAUAAGUUCCAUGAGAUGAUUGUCAGUGUUCUCUACAGCAGUAGUUUAGACUAUUGAUGUUUUUAUGUCUUUUACCAACUGUCAACUGUCUUUUUACAUUCAGAUCAAAUGUAUGAUUAUUUAAAAAGUUUGACUCCAUUUUAAACAUGAACGUUUUGUGCAAA